AUGUCGUCUCUCGCCCGCGUCCUCCGCCGCGCCUACUGCACAGCCACAACGACCGCCGCCACCACGACCACAACAGCCGCUGCCGUCGAGCCCAGCCUCAAAGCACUCUCCGAGAGCCUCUACAAAGAGCGCAGCCUCAAGCGCCUUGUACAAAAGUUCAAGAAGAGCUCGGUAGACCCGCGCUUCCGCACCAAGAUCGGCAUUUACGAAGACGUCAUCCACCGCCUGGCCUCCGCGAAAUGCUUCAACUGGAUCGAGGAGGUUCUCGAGGACCAGAAGCGGUUCAAGGAUAUCUCCAAGGAAGGUUUCAACGCCCGCCUGAUCUCUCUCUAUGGUAAGGCCGGGAUGCUCCAGCAGGCACAGCAGGUGUUCGACGAAAUGCCCAGCAGAAACUGCAAGCAGACUGGGCUGUCCUUCAACGCCCUUCUCGCGGCGUGUUUGAAUUCCAAGAAGCUGGACAAGGUCGACGAGUUGUUCAAGGAGUUGCCGAAGAAGCUCGAGAUUCAGCCCGAUGUUGUCUCCUACAAUACCCUGAUGAAGGCCUAUUGCCAGGUGAUGGGUUCCAUCAACUCGGGAGUGAAGCUGCUUGACGAAAUGGAAGCCAAAGGUUUGGUGCCUAAUCUGAUUACUUACAAUACGCUUUUAAGUGGGCUUUAUACAGAUGGGAGACUCGAGGAUGGGGAUAGAGUCUGGGAGAAAAUGGUGGGGAAAGAAGUUUCUCCUGGUGUUAGAACCUACAAUGCCAAGUUGCUUGGGUUGUCUUCAAUGAAGAGAAUGAAAGAAGCAGUCGAGUUACAUGGAGAGAUGAAGACCAAGGAAUUCAAACCUGAUGCCGUUAGUUUCGGUCUCCUGAUCAAAGGGUUUAUAAAGGAGGGAAAUUUGGAGGAAGUGAAGCGAAUGUACGCCGAAAUGCAGGAAGCUGGGUUCAAACCCGACAGGUUUGGUUUUGCAAGGCUGGUUUCUUUUGCUUAUGAGAAGGGUGAUGUGGGUUUUGCUUCGGAAGUUGCUAAAGACAUUUUCAAGGCGAAGAGGCUAGUUGAAGAGAAGCUGUUGCAGCGAGUGGUGGACUGUUUAGCCAAGAAGUCGAAGCGCGAGGAAGCAGAGGAGGUUGUGCAGCUUGGAAACAACUGUGGUUACUUUCAUUAUAAACUGAAGGUGCCAACAGAGGAGUAA